AUGAAGAGCAGUAUCACCACUGUGCUGACCAUGACCACCAUCAACACCCAUCUGAGGGAAACACUGCCCAAGAUCCCGUACGUGAAGGCUAUCGACAUGUACCUGAUGGGCUGCUUCGUCUUCGUCUUCCUCGCGCUGCUGGAGUACGCCUUCGUCAACUACAUCUUCUUUGGACGCGGGCCACAGAGGCAGAAGAAAGCAGCCGAAAGGAUCUCUCUGGCCAACAACGAAAAAAUGAGGAUGGAUCCAAACAAGUGGCUUGUGGGAAAUGUAGUGGGCAGAGAUGACACUCUGUAUGCCAGAAUGAAGCAGCGGGACCUGGACGGACACGACACCCUGUGGGAACCCAUAUUUAUGGACGACGCAGCCAUCGGCCUGGAUCAAAGGAACAGGAUGGAUCCUCACGAGAACAUCCUGCUCAGCACGUUGGACCUGAAGAACGACAUGGGAAUCUCGGAGCUGGCGUUAGGCUUAAACGACCCCCGGAACACCAUGCUCACCUAUGACAGUUCCACCCUGCAGUAUCGCAAAGCUGGCCUAGCACGACACAACUUCGCCCGCCACAACGCACUGGAGAGACACAUGACCAAGAAGAGCAGACUACGGAGGCGCGCAUCCCAGCUCAAAAUCACCAUCCCAGACCUGGCUGAUGUAAACUCUAUUGACAAGUGGUCGCGGAUGAUCUUCCCCACCAUGUUUUCCUUCUUCAACAUUGUUUACUGGCUUUACUACAUCAACUAA